AUGGAGCCGACUCCAUCCUCUACACAAGAGGAAAUGUCUCCUGGUGAUAUUUCCGCGAAUGCUACGUCGGGAUAUUAUAGUUCCACUCAACCUUCAUCUGCGAAUACGUACCGCUGUCCUGCUUUGACUACCUUCCUCCAGCAAUUGAAUCUGAUGCAAUAUCACAAUGGUUUUGUUGAGGUCGCUGGUGUUGGUGAAAAUGAUCUCGAACAGUUUCUUGGUUUCGACGAAGCAGAAAUCAAAGAGGUUCUAUCCGCAGUAUCCAUGAAACCUUUUCAUUCGGCAGCUUUUAAGAAGGGAAUAAGAGAACUUAGACAGGCACUUUCGGCGAACCUCAGCUCUCCAAAUUUAAUAACAAAUCUUCCUACAAAUGUGUUCCCAGUGACCCCCUUGUACUUGGCUAACUCUCCGCUACCUCAGGUACGUGAGAAUAAUGGUCCAGAUGGUCGAGUCGGUACAAAAAUUGUACUAAAAUCAGAGAAAGAACCGUUCCCAACAAGGGAGCCACCUACUAAGUCUUCUGCCGUGACGUCACGAAUCUCGUCAAAUUUAACGAACGAGGAAACAACGAACGAAUCUCUAUCCAUCCAUACCACCUCACCAAUGCAGGAGAUUCAAGAAACGUUUGACCAUUCCACGGCACAAGUCGUCAAAGAGUGUCCCACAUCGCCACCUGUAUCAAAUUUGGUGAUCUGUAACAAUGAUAAUGAUGAUAAUUCAACAAUCAAUGUAGCGGCGUCAAAGGAUGUAAUUAUACAUCAUGCGAUAAUCUACGGCAAGAAUAGUAAUAGGCAGCUGACAUCUUAUGAACAAGCCAUUAAUCGAGCAGCUACUGAACUGGCACUUUCAGAUCCUACACUGGUAGCCAACAAAGGUGUCUUAUUUGAGAAAGCAAAGGCCAAACUUUUAUCGGAGGGUUACACUUAUAAACGUGGUCAAUCACGAUCGAAAUUGAAUCCGAAUGCACCAAAACCCGGCGAGAGAACAUCCCGAGCAAGUAUUCGAUUGAGACGAAACCAGCACGCAGCUCAGACGAGUGAAAAUCGUCUCGCUCGCAUUGCAGAACUGGAACGUAAAUUGCAGAGUAAGGAGAAUCAGUAUGAAAUCGCACAGGAGUUGAAACGCGUUAAGACGGUGCAAGGCGACUCAGAAGGAUUGGAAAAAGCACAGAUGGCGUUAGACGAAUUGGGACGAGAGAGAAAUGAAAUUACCAAAGAACUGGCGACCUUGAGAAGCAAAGAACGUAAGCAUCGUUGGUAUGAACAGAGAAAAAAGGAAAGAAUGGAUUCUGGAUUUGAAGAAGCCGUAGGACUUAACACUGAAGUUCAGCACGAAAAUAAUAUAAUAGAGAAUCAAUGA